GUGACAAGCCUAACACGUCUUCUCCCUUCUCCUACAAAGACAAACCCCACAGAAUCUUCCCCAUUUUCCGAAGAUGCUGAGCUAAAAAGCAAAGCAAAAACUUCAAGCUAAAGAAUCCCAAAGCAAAAGCAAAAUAAAAACGUUUUGAGCUCCUGGGAUUUGGGAGUUCCUACCUCCGAAAAGAAUCCUGUUUGUAUAACGAUAUUGCACGAAAGUUUCUAUAUUUGGGUGCCCGAGAAGGUUGGAGCUUCAGGGAGGAGGUCUAAGCCGGAAUCUUACUCAGUAGAGAAAGAAAGAUGGGAACUUUGAGUGCAGCUCCUGUGCUCCCAUCAAAGCUCAAACAGUCUUCACUCUCCGAUCAACAAAGCUCCCUCUUUCCUUGUGGAAAAAGACCCAAGAAGAAGAACUUUGCUAUCGUUCCUGUAGCAAGAUUGUUUGGGCCGUCGAUAUUUGAAGCUUCGAAGCUGAAGGUACUGUUUUUGGGAGUGGAUGAAAAGAAGCACCCGGGGAACCUUCCAAGGACCUACACGCUUACGCAUAGUGAUAUAACUUCUAAGCUCACUUUGGCCAUCUCACAGACAAUAAACAACUCUCAAUUUCAAGGGUGGUACAGCAGAUUACAAAGAGAUGAAGUAGUAGCAGAGUGGAAGAAAGUGAAGGGAAAGAUGUCCCUUCAUGUUCACUGUCAUAUAAGUGGAGGCCAUUUUCUCUUGGAUUUGUUUGCUAGGUUCAGAUACUUCAUCUUCUGCAAAGAACUACCAGUGGUUUUGAAGGCCUUUUUCCAUGGAGAUGGGAAUUUGUUCAACAACUAUCCGGAAUUGCAGGAGGCUUUGGUCUGGGUUUACUUUCACUCAAACAUUCCAGAAUUCAACAAAGUGGAAUGCUGGGGGCCCAUCAGGGCGGCCGCAGCGCCCACCAGUAGCGUGCACAAUGACGAAAUGAUGCACUCAAACCCAGAGCUUAUCGGGAAAAUACCCGAACCAUGCCAAGAAAAUUGCGAGUGUUGCUUUCCACCAAUGAGCUUGAUCGCGUGGUCAGAAGCAAUUCCCCGUGAAAGCGAAAAUAGUUUUGGGACACAACAGAGCUGACAGCAACAAACCCAACAUAGCUGAAUACGAUACGACGUCCCUUAGUCAUUCCUUUGCUUCUGUUUUCAGUCGAUUUAUUUAUAGAAAACUAGUACAAACGGAACGUCCAAGGGACGUUGCACAGUAGAGGCAAAAUUUAUAUGCUAAUUAUAUAUAGUAAGGUCAAUGUAUAUUGUACGUAUGUCCAGAUGAUAUAAAUAAAGAAAAUAAACAUGAAGUUAAUGUA